UCUAGACCUGAAUGCGUUUGAGCGUCAGAAUAAAGCCGAGGGACUGGGCAUGGUGACCGAGGAGGGGUCAGUCAUCACUCAUGAGCGUGGAGAGAAGGUGAUGCAGGAUGAUGAGUUCACCUGUGACCUGUUCCGCUUCCUCCAGCUGCUGUGUGAAGGUCACAACUCAGACUUUCAGAAUUACCUGAGAACACAGACAGGGAACAACACCACAGUGAACGUCAUCAUCUCUACCGUGGACUAUCUUCUCAGGGUUCAGGAAUCAAUCAGUGAUUUCUACUGGUACUAUUCAGGAAAGGAGGUCAUUGAUGAACAAGGACAGCGUAAUUUCUCCAAGGCAAUCAAUGUAGCCAAACAGGUCUUCAAUACUCUCACAGAGUACAUACAGGGCCCGUGUACUGGGAACCAGCAGAGUCUAGCUCACAGCCGUCUGUGGGACGCUGUCGUUGGCUUCCUCCAUGUCUUCGCUCACAUGCAGAUGAAGCUGUCACAGGACUCGAGCCAGAUAGAGUUGUUGAAAGAGUUGAUGGAUCUGCAGAAAGACAUGGUUGUGAUGCUGCUGUCCAUGCUGGAAGGCAACGUGGUCAACGGAACCAUCGGGAAGCAGAUGGUAGACAUGUUAGUAGAGUCCUCCAACAACGUGGAGAUGAUCCUCAAGUUCUUCGACAUGUUCCUCAAACUCAAAGACCUGACGUCGUCCGACGCCUUCAAGGAGUACGACCCGGAUGGUAAAGGGGUCAUCUCCAAGAGAGACUUCCACAAAGCCAUGGAGAGCCACAAGCACUAUACCCAGUCGGAGACAGAGUUCCUGCUCUCCUGUGCCGAGCCUGAUGAGAAUGAGCUAUUGGACUACGAGGAGUUUGUGGAGCGUUUCCACGAGCCGGCCAAAGACAUCGGCUUCAACGUGGCCGUGCUUCUGACCAACCUGUCUGAACACAUGCCCCACGACACGCGCCUGCAGACCUUCCUGGAGCUGGCUGAGAGUGUCCUGAACUACUUCCAGCCAUACCUGGGCCGCAUCGAGAUCAUGGGCAGUGCCAAGCGCAUCGAGAGGGUCUACUUCGAGAUCAGUGAGUCCAGUCGUACGCAGUGGGAGAAGCCCCAGGUCAAAGAGUCCAAACGCCAGUUCAUCUUCGACGUGGUCAACGAGGGCGGGGAGAAGGAGAAGAUGGAGCUGUUUGUCAACUUCUGCGAGGACACCAUCUUUGAGAUGCAGCUGGCCGCCCAGAUGUCCGACAUCGGGGAGCGGUCGGCCAUGAAGGAGGAGAGCGAGAAGGAGAAACCGGAAGAGGAAAGCCCUGAGAUGGGCUUCUUCUCUGUGACCACGGUCCGGACCGCCCUGAUGGCGCUACGCAACAACGUCAUGUUCCUGAUGAGUGUUCUGUCCAUGAAGAGCCUAAAGAAGCAGACGAAGAAGAUGAAGAAGAUGACGGUGAAGGACAUGGUGAUGACGCUGGUCUCCUUCUAUUGGUCCGUCAUCAUGGGCCUGUUCCACUUUACCUUCAGCGUCUCCAGAGGGUUCUGCAGAAUCAUGUCCAACACCUUCCUAGGAGGCAGUCUGGUAGAGGGAGCCAAGACUAUGAAGGUGUCUGACCUGCUGGCCAACAUGCCUGACCCGACCCAGGAUGAGGUUCGAGAGGAGGGGGAGAAGGUGCUCUCAUCUAGACCCUCGGCUGAGGAGGUGCUGGCGGAUCUAGCUGUGCCCGUGGACGGGACCGAAGUCCUCUCAGACAUCUUUGGAUUAGAUCUGAGGAGAGGAGAAGGAGGACAGUAUAAGAUAACUGCUCACAACCCCAACGCCAGUCUGACUGAUCUGCUGAACUCUCCCAUCCCCUCCUCUCCUGUCCCCACUACCUCACCGUCCCCGGAACUGAGAAGACGGCACCAGGCUAAGAGCCCCCCAGAGGAAGGGAAGACAGGGACUGAGGAAAGCAAGGAGGCCAAGUCAGAGCCGGAGAAAGCAGAGGGAGUGGAUGGAGAAAAGCAGGAGGAGGAGAGGAGAAAGGAGGAGAGGAGAAAGGAGGAGAGGAGAAAGGAGGAGAGGAGAAAGGAGGAGAAGGAGCCGAAAGCUAAAGCGAGACAGCACCACACCUCCAAGUCUGAUGAGCAUGACAUGCAGGAGUCUGCCUUCUGGAAGAACAUCAUCGCUUAUCAGAGGAAGCUGCUGAACUAUUUUGCUCGGAACUUCUACAACAUGAGAAUGCUGGCGUUGUUCGUGGCCUUCGCCAUCAACUUCAUCCUCCUCUUCUACAAGGUGUCCUCCUCCUCAGCGGUGAUCCCCGAAAGCAGAAGUCCCCGGUCAAGCAGCAGUGUGCGGUGGGACCCCCUGAUGGAGGGUAGUGAGCCCCAGGAGACCCAAGACCCCCAGCAGGGCCCUUUGUUUGUCCACUUUGUGCUGGAGGAGAGCACCGGAUACAUGGAGCCCACCCUACGUAUCCUGGCCAUCCUACACACUGUCAUCUCCUUCUGCUGCAUCAUAGGUUACUACUGCCUCAAGGUCCCGUUGGUGAUCUUCAAGCGUGAGAAGGAGGUGGCGAGGAAGCUGGAGUUUGAUGGUCUCUACAUCACAGAGCAGCCGUCGGAGGAUGACAUUAAAGGCCAGUGGGACAGACUAGUGAUUAACACUGGAUCGUUUCCAAACAACUACUGGGAUAAGUUUGUGAAGAGGAAGGUAAUGGAUAAGUAUGGAGAAUUCUACGGCCAUGACCGCAUCAGUGAGCUGUUGGGUAUGGACAAGGCUGCUCUGGACUUCAGCGACGCCCACGAGAAGAAGAAACCCAAGAAAGACAGCUCCUUAGCCGCAGUAUUAAACUCUGUAGAUGUCAAGUACCAGAUCUGGAAACUAGGAGUCGUCUUCACAGACAAUUCGUUCCUGUACCUGGCUUGGUAUAUGACCAUGUCCGUCCUGGGUCACUACAACAACUUCUUCUUUGCUGCUCAUCUCCUGGACAUCGCCAUGGGCUUCAAGACCCUCCGCACCAUCCUGUCUUCUGUCACGCACAACGGCAAACAGCUGGUUCUGACAGUAGGACUACUAGCUGUAGUUGUGUAUCUCUACACCGUGGUGGCUUUCAACUUCUUCAGGAAGUUCUACAACAGGGGGGAAGAGGGAGAGACACCGGACAUGAAGUGUGAUGACAUGCUCACGUGUUACAUGUUCCACAUGUACGUGGGCGUGCGGGCAGGAGGGGGGAUCGGUGACCAGAUCGAGGAUCCAGCGGGUGAUGAGUAUGAGAUCUACAGGAUCAUCUUUGACAUCACCUUCUUCUUCUUCGUCAUCGUCAUCCUCCUGGCCAUCAUCCAGGGUCUGAUAAUUGAUGCGUUUGGUGAACUGAGAGACCAGCAGGAGCAGGUGAAGGAGGAUAUGGAGACCAAAUGCUUCAUCUGCGGAAUUGGAAACGACUACUUUGAUACAGUUCCUCACGGCUUCGAAACCCACACCCUGCAGGAGCACAACUUGGCCAACUAUCUAUUUUUUGUGAUGUAUCUCAUUAACAAAGACGAAACAGAGCACACAGGCCAGGAGUCGUAUGUGUGGAAGAUGUACCAGGAGCGGUGCUGGGAAUUCUUCCCUGCCGGAGACUGUUUCCGGAAACAAUACGAAGACCAGCUCAACUGAUCAAUUCAUCAACUGAUCAAUUCAACUGACUACUGAUCAACUCAUCUAUUGAUCCAGAUUCAGAGACUCGUCCUUUCUUACUGAUCAAUAUGAAAGGCUGCUUCGUCACCUUCCUUCGUCAGCUAGCCCACGUUGUUUGGAAUCCUUACCAGACACUGUACAUAAUAAUAUAAUGAUAAUUGACUGUAUAAUGUCCUUCCUGGGUGCAUUUGGAGAACAGGGCUGUGUUUUGACAUGAGGACUUUGAGGACUCAAUGCUUCAUCUAUACAUUUGCUUUAAUAAUAGAUUUAAAUGAUUGGAGGAAAGACGCAGAAGAAGAAAAACAAGGACGUUCCAUUUGAAAAAGUAAAACCAAACUGCUUUGUGGACGGGACGGGUUUCUCCAGAGAACACAUGAAUGAAUACAAAAGGCUGUUGCUCAUCCUCUGCGCCUCAGGAAUGACAUGGUGUACAGUACAUACAUGUACAGAAUACUGAGAGGAGAUGAAGGCCAGGCCCAGUGGAUGGAGAGCUGGACAGAUGGGGACGUGAUGAGGAAACGGUGCCUUACCAAGCCGGGUCUGAGCGGAGCUAUGCAAGCUGGAGAAAAGAGGAACGUUUGGAUGGCAUCAUCAACACAUCAGCACAUCAUGUGGAGACUGCUACACAGGGCUGAUAUUUAUGACAUAACGAUGGGAGUCUUUGUGUGUCUGAGAGACAGCGUGGACAUAGUGUGUGUGUUGGAGAUAAGACAAGGAGGGAGAGAGAGAGAGAGAGAGACAGAGAGAGGAGAGAGAGGAGAGGG